GAGGAGCAGGCCCAAGGAGAGGGCAAGGUAGAGGUGUAAGAAUGCGUGGUGGUGGCAUUCCAAGGGCUGCAAGAACAGUAGUCAGUGAGGAAAUUCGUGCCAGUAUCGUUGACCAUGUAAUCAACCACGGUCUUUCACUAAGAGAGGCUGGUGAAAAAGUGCAGCCCAAUUUGAGGCGGUCAACGGUUGCCUCCAUUAUACGCAUCUUUCAACAAACCAACAGAAUGCAACGUCUUCCACCCUCUGGGGGAAGAAGAAAGCUCCUCAAUAAUGAUCAAGAGCUGGCCAUUGUAGAAAUGGUUGUUGCAAAUAAUGCAAUAAAACUGCAUGAAAUUCAAGCUAGAAUUGUGGAGGACCAUGAGAUAUUUGACAAUAUCGAUAGCAUCAGCCUCACAACCAUUACACGGACAUUGUCCAAACACAGAGUGCGGAUGAAGCAGCUCUACACUGUUCCCUUUGAGAGGAACAGUGAGAGAGUCAAGGAGCUACGACGACAGUAUGUCCAGAGAGUUAUGGAAUUGGAGGCCAACCAGGCCCCUCAUGAAUUCAUAUACAUAGAUGAGGCAGGAUUCAAUCUGGCCAAAAGGCGUCGACGUGGACGAAAUAUAAUUGGAAAAAGGGCCACAGUUGAUGUGCCAGGACAGAGAGGGGCAAACAGUACCAUGUGUGCGGCAAUUGCAAAGGCAGGAUUACUCCAUCACAGAUGUCAGGUUGGACCCUAUAAUACCGAGCGCAUCCUUGUCUUUCUCAAUGAUCUCCACCAGCACCUGGUUCCAGAGCAGGAUCAGGAGGGUGAAAACAUGUGGACCUUUGUAAUUACCUGGGACAAUGUGGCUUUCCAUCAUUCGCAAGCAUGGAGGUGGAAGGUUUAUGACCAUCAGCCACAUGACCAGAUGUCCCUCCUUGAAGCCAUGGAUGCUGGCUGCAGGGACAUCCCAGUUCAUGACUGCCAUACUGAUCCGACAUACUAA